AAAAUGAAUAGUGGUGAAUAUAAAAAAUUUGAAGAAUUAGGUUUAGAUUAAUGGUUAUUGAAAUUAUGUUGGAAGAUUGAUUAUAAAGAACCAAGACCAAUUUAAGUUUUAAGUAUUCCUCCUUUGUUAUAAGGAAAGAAUGUAUUGAGUAUUAAUCAAGGAAAUAAUUAUAGUUUCAUCUCAAACAGGUAGUGGAAAGACAGCUGCAUUCUCAUUUCCAAUUCUAUAAACAUUAAGUCAAGAUCCAUAUGGAAUCUUUGCUAUUAUAUUAACUGCAAGUAGAGAACUGGCAGUAUAAAUAGCUGAAUAAAUAUAAAUAUUUGGUGCUAGUGUAAAUUUAAGAUUGGCAUUAUUAAUUGGAGGUCUAUCUUCAUCAAAAUAAGUAAAAUAAUUAGGAUAAAUUCCACAUAUUAUAAUUGGAACUCCUGGAAGAUGUUCAGAAUUACUUAGUAUUGAUGUUAAUUUCUAGAAAUAUAUUAAAAAUGUUAAAUAUUUCAUAUUGGAUGAAGUAGAUAGAUUAUUAGAACCUCAAAUAUGGGAUGAUAUUAAAAAAGUAUAUCAAUAAUGUGAAUCUCCAUAAAUAGCAUUAGUAUCAGCUACUCUUAAUAAUGUUACUAAUUAAUUAAAAGAUGAAUUUGAAGGUAUUAAUUUUGUUGAAUGUAUCAAUAAUCCAGAACAAAAAGUAUCAGAAACUAUUAAACAUAAAUUUGUAUUGAUGCCAGAUUUAGUUAAAGAUUAUUAUUUCAUUCAUCUAAUGAAAAAAUUAGAAGGUGCAUCUACAAUUGUAUUUGCUCCUACAUGUAGAAAAUGUCAUGAGUUAAAUGAAUUACUUAAUCAUUUUGAAAUUAAAUCAACAUGUUUACAUUCUAUGUUACCUUAACAUGAAAGAAUAAGUAAUUUAAGAGCUUAUAGAUCAUAAAAAACUUAAGUAUUGGUAGCCACAGAUGUAGCAUCAAGAGGACUUGAUAUACCAAAUGUUAAAUUUGUUAUUAAUUGGAAUGUACCUAAAGUAGAAUCAGAUUAUGUACAUAGAGUUGGUAGAACAGGUAGAGCUGGUAGAAGGUAUAUAUUUAAUAAUAUAUAAUUUAAUUAGAGGUACAGCUAUAACAAUGAUGACUUAAUUUGAUGUAGAAAGAGUAUUAGCAAUAGAAAAUUUAAUAAAAUUGAAAAUGGAAGAAAUUAAAUUUAAUGAAGAAAAAGUACUAGCAAAUAUGACAGAUGUUACUAAAGCCAUUAAGACUAUUAAAAUUGUAAUGAUAUUUUUAUAUAAUUUAGAAAAUGCAAUAAGAUGGUACAACUGAAAAAUUCUUAGAUUUUCAAAAGAAAAAAGUAAAAUCUAAAUAAAAAAGAAAAGAAAGUUAAGAAGAAGAAUAAUAAUGA